AGAUGUGCUGAGACGAUUCCGGAGAGGAGAAGAGACGAUGGAAGAACGAUUGGAAAACAUCCGAAGGGUUCCCCGUCACCCCGCCACCACUUUGGUCCCCUCAGCACAUCGGCCACCUAUUCUAUUGCUGCUAUUGCUACGAGUGCUGCUGCUGACAGAUUUUAUGGUCCUUGCUGGUCCCACCGAUCGGGUGGUGGUCGGUGAGAGUGUGGACCUGAUUGUUUCGCAUGGACGACAGACUGAACAACGAUUGUUUGGCUCAUUUUCACCAGCUGGGCUCAAUUAUGAAGUACAAGGAGAUGUUGUUCAGGUGUCAUCUUUCCGAGCCUGUGACGCUCGACGAAAAGGCCUCGACCGAACACUAUUCGGACAUGUUGCGGUCGUUUUCGUUGACGAAGUGCAGCCAUUCCUGACGGGAUGCGUGGCGUUGGAUAAUCAGGCUCGAUUUGCUGAAAAAUCUGGAGCACUAGCGCUUGUGGUCGGACCUGCUUCAAGAAUCCAACGAAAUCGCAAACCGCUAAAGGUUCGAGCUUCCAAGAUCCCUGUUAUUGUGCUGGACGACCAAGAAACCCAGCGGUUACGAAACCAACUUGCUGAAGCUGAACGAAGUGCUGCUGUGGCUCAUCUCCGACUAGAUUUUAUCGAUACAAAACCGCCUCAUGUGCUGAAGUUACAGGUUUUCCGCCCAAGCCUUCUCAACCUUUCGCUUAUCGGCUUGCUUGUCGUUCUGGUCCUGUUCAUCACCUUACUGGUUUUUGUAAAAAUACGGUGGCGACCUACAGUACAUCGAGAUCUUUGGCUUAGGACCUUAGCUAGAGCUGCAGUCGGAAAGAUGGAAAUUAGAAAAUUCCAGAAGGAACCUUCACGACAGCGUCGACGACCAUUUGCACGAUUACGACGAGUACGAUCAACAUAUCUGCCAGUUUUUGGAUCAUUAACCUCUGUAGCUAAUACUGCCAGCUCCCAGGAGCGUUGCUCGAUUUGUCUUGAUGAAUAUGCGGAAGGUACAGAACUUCGGGUAUUGUUCUGUGGCCACGAGUUCCAUCCCAAAUGUGUUGAUCCUUGGCUUCUAUCCAACCGACGAUGUCCAUUAUGUCAAUUUGAUGUGGUCUACAAACAGUAUCCCAAAAUGGAACCACCCUCGAAAUGUCGACAGACACCUCCAUCCACUGACAACUCCCCAUUGGAACCGUUAUUGUUAUCAUCGGCACCAAUAAUGGAGUCGCCACGGAUGGCUAGAGAUCCAUCCGGAGCGGAGCAAGUACCACGAUCCUCGCAGGACCCACUUCAGGUCGUACGAGAUGUAGCGGCAGGUCGUGGAAGGAGGGUAACUUCAAGAGCCCGGUCGUUGCCCAGGAGGCGUCCACUUCGACCACGGGAACAUGUGGAAACAGCCGUGAGGCUUGGAGGCUAUUCUUCAGAUGUCUCAUCGCGCUAACCACGCCCACAUUACUCGCUCCGCCCAUGCCACACAUGCCCAAUCUACUCACUUCCGGUUCUAUUGAUCAGUAUUUCACAACGGGUUACAGCACCUCGAUUCCUGGGUAGCUCUUUCUUACAUGCAAAUAAUCAUAUUGUCGUCAUUGUCGCCACUAUUUCCGUAACCGCGGUCAG